AUGUCGAAACGAUAUGAUGGUGCAAUAUCAAGGAUUUCUUACAUGGGUGGCAGAUGCACACUGCCCGCAUAUCAAGUAGCUCUUUUCAGAACACCUAAUAUUUUCCUUUUUAUCGUUUCAUACUUGAAGAACGUUUCAGUGGAGGGAGAACCUGGAAAGCCCAACAUUGAGUUUACGGCAGAUGGGGCACUCAAGGCUGCUGAACUUAAAAUCAUGAACCUUCGUCCUGGGGUCAGCAGGCAGCUAGUUUGGGAAGAGGUAACUCUCAAAACAUAA